AUGGGAUAUCAAUGUAAAUGUGAGGGUCUGUUUGUUUGGCCAAUUGACACGUGUCAUUCAUAUGAGACCUGUGAUAACAUCACUGAUGGUGUGUGUACAUGUAUCAAUGCUCUUCCAAACAAUGGACAGUUCUGCCAGUUAAAGAAAGGUACGACUUCCAACUACAUGAUUGAUGUUGAUGUGAGAUUCUUUGACUCGUCUCUUGUGAACUACUUACGACAUCUGAUCACAAAUUUCAACUUUCCUCUCGCUCUGAGUAACAACAUAAAUGUCACAGAUAUCGACAUGAGUACUGUGUGUGGAUUAAAUGGCACAGAAUAUGAGUGUAAGUGUGAGGAGCAUCAUGUCUGGUCCAAUGACACCUGUGAGGUCUAUCAGGUGUGUGAUGGGAUUGUGGGAGGAACUUGUGGAUGUAUUCAAGGUCUCCCUUCAGAGGGUCAACUUUGCCAGAAAGACAUAAAUGAAUGUAAAGAUGCACAGUCAGUGUGUGGUCAAAAUUCAGAUUGUAUUAACACCAUUGGGAGUCACAUUUGUUCAUGCUGGAGUGGAUUUGCUCCCUUGAAUAAAGACAUUCCUGUGAGCGUCAACAACUCAUGUGUCCGGACUCAACCUUUAACUGAAUAUCUGAUUGAAAUUGAGAUAAAUACCCUGAAUCCUGCCAUCAUUGAUCAGCUGAGGAGGCUUCUGUUGUCUUUCAAUUUACCCUACACACUCACUGACAACACAAACAUUACAGAAAUCAACAUAACUACUGUCUGUUCUUUGAAUGAAAUGGGAUAUCAGUGUAAAUGUGAGGGUCUGUUUGUUUGGCCAAUUGACACGUGUCAUUCAUAUGAGACCUGUGAUAACAUCACUGAUGGUGUGUGUACAUGUAUCAAUGCUCUUCCAAACAAUGGACAGUUCUGCCAGUUAAAGAAAGCAUUUUACCCAUGA